CGAGGGGGCGGGCGCACACAGACACACAGCUUUCGGACGGUGAUAAUAACGCUCCAGAAACGCCGCUCCUCGCUCCUUGGCAACGUGCAGACGCGCAGCGGCUACGGUGUUGCCCUUGACAUCGCCAUCGUCAUCGGCAUCGGAGGGUCGGUGACGCGGCCCAACCGCUUCUGAAGCCGGUGCCCCACGGCCCACGGGGCACCUUGUAUGCCACCGUCACGUCUAUGUAGGGGGCCACCUGUCCUUGUCCCCACUGGCAGUGUCACAACGACCACAAUCUCUCUGUCCCGGGAGUCCGUCCUUUCUGCUCUGUCGUUACUGAAACCCAGCGAGCACCACUUCCCAUCUGCUCGUGUCAGUCAGUUCCUCGGCUGUGCCGUGAGUGGCGGCGGCAGGGAGCGGCGCAGCGCAGCGCAGAAGCAGCGGAGUGGCCCAGGCGAUGGCGCCGAGGGACCCCAAGGAGGACGGCUUCGGCGUGGGCGGCGCGGCGGAUCCGGAGGCCGACAUCGAGGCCCCGCUGCUGGUUUCCUCCGGAUCAUCGUUCCUCCUGGACCCGGCGCUCGAGGACGGCGGCGGCGGCGACGAGGAGCAGCGCCGCCGCCGCCGCCGGUUCCUCCACGGCAGCCACACGCACUCCAACACCACCUCCCAGGUCGCGCUCGUCGGCGCCGACGUCUGCCCCAUCGAGAGCCUCGACUACGAGCUGAUCGAGAACGACGUGUUCAAGCAGGACUGGAGGGCGCGGGGACGGGGCCACAUCCUGCGCUACGUGGCGCUCAAGUGGGCCCUCUGCUUCCUCGUCGGUGCCCUCGCAGCCGCCGCCGGCUUCGUCGCCAACCUCGGCGUCGAGAAUGUCGCCGGCGCCAAGUUCGUCGUCACCUCCGACCUCAUGUUGGACGGCAGACACGGCUCGGCGUUCGCGGUGUUCCUGGCGUCCAACUUUGCGCUCACCAUGUUAGCCGCGGUGCUGACGGUGUACGUGGCGCCUGCGGCUGCCGGAUCCGGAAUCCCGGAGGUGAAGGCCUACUUGAACGGUGUUGAUGCCCCCAACAUAUUCUCACUGAAAACUCUGAUAGUGAAGAUUGUGGGAUGCAUUGCGGCAGUAUCAUCAUCACUGCAUGUGGGAAAAGCUGGGCCACUUGUACACACAGGCGCAUGCAUUGCAUCAAUACUUGGGCAAGGUGGGUCACGUAAAUAUCGUAUGACAUGUAGGUGGCUCAGGUACUUCAAGAAUGAUAGGGAUCGGAGGGACCUUGUUACUUGUGGUUCUGCUGCUGGUAUUGCUGCUGCUUUCCGGGCGCCGGUUGGUGGAGUCCUUUUUGCUCUGGAAACAGUAUCUUCAUGGUGGAGGAGUGCUCUACUAUGGCGAGCCUUUUUCACAACAGCAAUGGUCGCUGUUGUGCUUAGGGCAUUGAUAGACUUCUGUCAAAGUGGCAAGUGUGGUUUGUUUGGGAAAGGUGGCCUUAUAAUGUUUGAUGUGACAGCAGAUUAUGUCACCUACCAUUUGAUUGAUUUACCUCCAGUAAUCACUUUAGGGGUUUUUGGAGGAAUACUGGGGAGUUUGUACAACUUUUUCCUGGACAAGGUUCUCCGUCUCUACAACCUUAUCAACGAGAAAGGAAAAGCUUACAAACUACUACUCGCUGCAACAGUCACUGUUUGUACAUCAUGUUGUCUAUUUGGCUUGCCAUGGAUUGCUGCUUGCAAACCUUGUCCAACUGACACUAGAGAAGCUUGUCCAUCAAUAGGCCGUUCUGGUAAUUUCAAGAAAUUCCAAUGUGCAACAGAUGAAUACAAUGAUUUGGCUAGCCUAUUCUUCAACACAAAUGAUGACACUAUUAGAAACCUCUACAGUGCUGGCACUGAUGAUGAAUUCCACAUUUCGUCCAUCCUUGUGUUCUUUAUUGCAUCGUAUUUUUUGGGCAUCUUCAGCUAUGGCCUUGCUUUACCAUCUGGCCUUUUUGUGCCAGUUAUUUUAACUGGUGCAGCUUACGGCCGUCUGGUAGGCAUGUUGAUUGGGUCACAGUCAACUUUAGAUCAUGGUCUUUUUGCAGUUCUCGGCUCUGCUGCUCUGUUAGGUGGAUCAAUGCGGAUGACUGUUUCAGUUUGUGUUAUCAUCCUAGAACUGACUAAUAAUCUGCGUAUGCUUCCUUUGGUAAUGCUUGUCCUUCUCAUAUCAAAGGUGGUGGCAGAUGCGUUCAAUGCAAACGUCUAUGAUUUGCUUGUUAGAUUGAAAGGGUUUCCACACCUUGAAGGUUAUGCUGAACCAUACAUGAGGCAACUGUCAGUCAGUGAUGUUGUAACUGGUCCUCUACAGACAUUCAAUGGCAUAGAGAAGGUCGGCCAUAUAGUUCAUGUCUUAAAGACAACUGGCCACAACGGUUUCCCUGUGGUUGAUGAGCCACCAUUUUCAGAUACCCCUACAUUGUAUGGUCUAAUUCUUCGAGACCACCUGCUUGUUCUAUUGAGGAAGAAGGAUUUCAUCCGUAGUUGCACAGCGUCUACACUGAAUGCUUUAAACCAUUUCUCACAUGCUGAGUUUGCUAAACGUGGAUCAGGAAAACAUGACAGGAUUGAGGACAUUGAAUUAUGUCCAGAAGAACUGGAAAUGUUUGUAGACUUGCAUCCAUUCACAAACACAUCUCCAUAUACUGUCCUUGAGACUAUGUCUUUGGCUAAGGCUCUUAUACUUUUCCGUGAAGUUGGAUUGAGACAUCUUCUGGUUCUACCAAAAUCUUCUAAGAGGGCACCUGUUGUCGGCAUACUAACAAGACAUGAUUUCAUGCCUGAACAUAUAUUGGGCCUUCAUCCUUUCCUCUUUAAGAGUAGAUGGAAGAAGGUGCGACUUGGCAAGGUAAAAGUUACCAACAUAUUUUGAAGCUUGCUGGUGACUGGUGAUUUGGGGAGGUCACCGAAGGAUCAUCCGAAGCUGUAUACCUGGUGUCAAAUCACGUAUUUUGCAGAGAAUAACUCAACUUGAAAACUAGUGGAUCUUACUUCAAGAAAAUAAUUUCGUUGUAAAUGCUAAGAAGGGGAUGGAACAUGGCUGCUAAGUGCUAACAAGUUAUUUUCCCACGAACAAGAGGAAUCUCACUGUAAAUUUAUUAUGCAUACUUUAGCUAACCUUUGAAAACAAAUGCUAUCUGUAGUGCCUAGAUGCAUUCCUUAUUAGGCCCAUCAGUGCAAAAGUAACUUCAGUUCCAUCCUCCAUUCAUAUAGGCUACUCAAAAUAGCUGCUCAUAUCCUGCAUAUGGUGUGAUAAAUACAAUGUAUUUCCUCAGCUUUGUUCCAUAGCUUCUUUUUGCAAUA